AAUUGGAAAUUUUAUUCUGGAUUUCUUGUUAUCUUUGCUUUCCAAAUACCAUUGGGAAAUUUAACUUUCUGAUGGGAUGCUUUCCAUAAUUGGACCCCAUGUGCAUGAAAUUUGCAAGCAACAGAAAACUCGAACUUUUUAACUAAAUGGCAAAGAAAAAGAAUUCCAGUGUUAUUCAUACAGUUUAGAGCAAUUACUUACCACUGCCAUCUUUAAGGUUCCCUGACUCUGGAUCAGAAUACAAAAGGGUAGAUGAAUUGCCCUGCAAAGCCAUAAUGUUAAACGAGACUCAAAUCUUCAAAUCUGAAAGGCAACAUCUGGUUCCUUUUGAAGUGUUUAGGUUUGAAAGAUGGAGCAGGCAGACUGCCAACCUAAGAAUUCCCGGCUGGUGUGGAAUUGGUUUCUGAUGAUUCGACCAUUUCUUGGAAGCUAUCCAUGUCUAUGCUCAUAUCAUGAUCAAUUUCAGUCUCCUCUACCUCUGUCAUUAUCUCAUCCCUAUCUACUGUGGGUUCAACUCCGUUUUGUAUUGACUCGGACUGUGGUGGUGGCAGUGGUGGCAGCGGCGGCUGUAGUUCUUCACUUGCUUUGUCUUGUUCACUGGGAUUGGGUAUUGUUGUUUGUGGAUAUGGAUCAGAGCAGGCAGUUAUUGUAGAGGUUACCAGUAAAUUCUACAAGAAGGAAUAGUGGCCUUGUCUAGCAUCAAUGAAAAGGAUAAGAGAAAAAAAAAAAGAAAAAAAAAGGAGAAUUUGCACUUCUAUUAAAUCUUUUAAAAUGAAUUUGCCUUUGGGCUUUCUUCUAACAAUCCAUCAAUUACUUUUCAAAGGCAGAUCAUGAUGAUCUUUGGGAGACCCCUGACAUGUAUAUGACAGACUUGAAACAAUGCACGUAAUAAAUGUAACAUGAGGUU